GCGGCUAGAGAUGAUGAGAUAUUCCUCUCAUGAACAUGAGGUAUCCUGAGUGUUGCUCUCCUUGAAGAUCAUUCCGUAAUGGAGGCCAGGAUUUGAGGCGCCAUAGCUCUGACAAGAACAGGAGUGAACGGAUUGGGACGCGUCCAGGGUGAAGUACCCGGAUGUAACAACACUCACCCCGGGGUUUGUUGUGUUCUGUGGGCCGCAGAGCCGACAAUGUCACCGGCUCUUUGUUUGGAUCAGAAACGGAUAACGGACUGGGGUUUUUUGUAGUUUAAUUAUUUUUUUUUUUAGUUUUACAAAACCGAACAGAUUUAAUUUUUCUGUUUUAAAACCCAAGCAGAUUUUUUUACUUAGUUUUUUCUACAGCUAAGUGUUUUAACCUGCGCUACUUUCACUAGCAGAGAAAAGAAAAAGAAACGGACUAGUUAGCUCUAGCUAGCCUAGUUAGCUAACACAACCUAGGUAUAGAAUUAAAUAACUAGUUUGCCACUGUGAUGUUAUUUUGAGUAUAUUUGUGGAUUUGACACGGCUGACUGAUCUUCAUUUUAUUUUAUUUCACUUCAUUUCUUUCUUUUGUGUGUGUGUGUGUGUAGCUCAGUGGCUAACAUUUCAAGCUAGCAUUGCUAGCUAUCGCUAAGACACAAUCAGAAUCAUCCACUUCCGGUUUGUUUUUUUCUUUAACGUUUAAACAGAAUUCAGCUUUAAUUCAUGAACCUCAUGAGCCUUAACUAACAUAUUAUUUCUAGUUGAAAUGUCCUGCUAUUCGUUUUAUCUUUGGCUGCUUAUUGGUCAUUCAGAAUAGUGUUAGCUUCAGGUUACAUUUUUUUUUUAAAUUUAUGUAUUUAUAUAUGUAUUUAUUUAUAUUUAUUAUUUAUUUGCGUGCUGUAAGCGUAAAGCAUGCAGUUGGAUUUGUGUAGAGCUGUUUAACAUCACAUCAGUGUCAAAGUUAGCAGUCUGCAGGGUUUAUUGAGCAUCAUGUCGACUUAAACCUCUUGUUUUAGUGUUACUUUAUAUUUCUGAACAAAUCCCUUAAAUCAGAGUGUGUGAGGUUUCAUAUAAAGUUUACAAAGCAAAACAAAACCAGACAGUUAUAAAAGAGAGGUUUUGGGAAGACUGGUAUUAUGGCCUGCACUUGGGGCAUUAAGAAGAUUUCAUCAUGGACAAAUUCACUCUUCAUCCUCAUCAUGGUCUUCCUCAAUAAAGCAGUCUGCUCUCAGCGCGGGGAUAAUGUGUACGUGUCAGGGAUCUCUAACGCCUGUGGAGAUGUGGUGGAGCAGAUCAGGGCCUCCAGUGGUGUGAUCACCAGUCCUGGGUGGCCUUUUGAGUAUCCGUCUCGCAUCAACUGCAGCUGGAACAUCCGAGCAAAUCCUGGAGAAAUUAUCACCAUCAGUUUCCAGGACUUUGAGAUCCAGAGCUCACACCGCUGCGGUUUGGACUGGAUCUCCAUCGGCACCUAUAAGAACCUGGACGGUUACCGAGCGUGCGGUUCCUCCAUCCCAGCUCCGUACAUCUCCUCUCAGGACCAUGUGUGGAUUAAAUUCCACUCGGACGACACGCUCACUGGCAAAGGCUUCAGGCUGUCUUACAUCACAGGGAAGUCGGAGGAGGCGAGCUGCGAGUCGGAUCAGUUCCACUGCGUAAACGGGAAGUGCAUCCCCCAGUCAUGGAGGUGCAACACCAUGGACGAGUGUGGAGACAACUCGGACGAAGAGCUGUGUGUUCAUCCCAACCCUCCUUCCUCUUCGUCAUCCUUUUUCUCCUUCCAGCCAUGUUCUUUCGAUCAGUUCCCCUGCGUGUCGCGCUACACCCGAGUCCUGACCUGCCUCCCGUCUUCUCUCCGCUGUGACGGUGCCAUCGAUUGCCAGGAUCUGAGUGACGAAAUCGACUGUGACGCUCCGGCGUGUUCUGAGCUCCGCCUUCAAAACUUUUAUGGGACUUUUAACUCUCCAAAUUAUCCAGACUUCUAUCCUCCAGGUAGCGACUGCACAUGGCUAAUCGAUACAGGCGAUCGCCGCCAAGUCGUCCUGCGCUUCCUGGAUUUCAAAUUGGAUGGAACUGGUUACUAUGGAGAUUUUGUCAAAGUGUAUGAUGGCUUAGAGGCAGAGCCUAGACGCCUCCUUCGGGUCCUGACGGCGCUCGAUUCACGCACUUCUGUCAUAACCAUAAUUUCGUCAUCAGGGCAGCUCCGGGUGCACUUUUACGCGGAUAAGAUCAACACGGCGCGAGGAUUUAACGCGACCUAUCAGGUUGAAGGGUUUUGUUUGCCCUGGGAGAUGCCAUGUGGAGGAAACUGGGGGUGUUACACCGAACAGCAGCGCUGCGAUGGAUACUGGCACUGCGCUAACGGCAGAGACGAGCUAAACUGUAGUGGAUGUGGCGAAGAUGAGUUCCCAUGCUCGAGAAACGGUGCGUGUUACCCGCGAUCUGACCGCUGCAACUACCAGAACCGCUGCCCCAACGGCUCGGACGAGAAGAACUGCGCUUUCUGCCAGCCCGGGAACUUCCACUGCAGGAACGGGCGCUGUGUGUUCGAGAGCUGGGUGUGUGAUGCGCAGGAUGACUGCGGUGACGCCAGCGACGAGGACACGUGCCCUGUUGCCGUGCCAACACGGGUCAUUGCCGCCGCAGUUAUCGGGAGCCUGGUGUGCGGCCUGCUGCUUGUCAUCGCGCUCGGCUGCACCUGCAAACUCUACUCUCUCAGGAGCUUUGAGCGCAGGUCGUUUGAGACACAGUUGUCCAGAGUGGAGGCGGAGUUACUGAGGAGAGAAGCUCCACCCUCAUACGGUCAGCUUAUCGCUCAGGGUUUGAUCCCCCCUGUGGAGGAUUUCCCCGUCUGUUCUGGCAACCAGGCUUCCGUGUUGGAGAAUCUCCGGCUGGCCGUUCGCUCCCAGCUCGGCUUCACCUCCAUCCGCCUCCCGUCCUCCGGUCGCCACGGCAACGUCUGGCGCCGGCUCUUCAACUUCACACGUUCUCGCCACUCCGCCUCCUUAGCACUGGUGUCCUCUGGUGCAGGGGUGGAGUCAGACUCAGGAACUGGCGCUAAUGGUGUUGGAAGCUCCGCCCACAUUUCUGAGCGACUGGACUCGGAUGAUUCGGAAAGCGAGCAGCAGGGGGCGGUGGGCGGAGCAUCGGCUUCUCUUCUGCCUCACAAAACCCCUCCUACCGCCACCGUCGUGUCCGUUUCCACAAGCGCAGCCCCGCAGGCUGUAGCCGAGAGUGAUGAUAUAGUGGCCCCGCCUCCUAGUGGGCGCGGUUCGUUUGUGGCACGCGGGCUACGCUGGGUCCGGAUGUCCCUUGGAUCUCGGUUCGCGCAGCAGAACCGCAGCCCUCUGAGGCAGAUGCAGAAUGGAACGGCAAGCGAAGAAGACGACGACGAAGACGUCGAGCUCCUCGUUCCUUUAACCGAUACCUCGGAUGCACCCUCCGCAGCUCCAUCGCUCCGAGGCAGGCCGGCGAUUCGGGACGGGCCCUGCGAACACUGCGGAAUGGUUCACACAGCUCAGAUUCCUGACGUGUGCUUAGAGGCCACGGCUAGAACAGAAACGAGUGACGAUGAUUCUCUUUUGCUUUGUUAAUUCUCAGUACAACCCGCUUUGCCUUCGCUUCUUCACUUUCCCUUUCAGGGGGAAGUCUGAAUGUUUUUGGACACCUGCCCUUACCUGUGACCUUUCCAAGAGCUUCAGAGCAGUUCUGGUGAUGCUGUCUCCCCUCCACUGUGCAGUUUCCUGUCUCUGGUUUAGCUUAAGCGGUUAAAGUGGUUGUGCGGUGGUUAAGAUGACCGGAUAAGUUUUGAUUUCAAAUCCUAAGACUGACCGAGGGCCACUAUUGGGGCCCUGAGUGAGAAUGUUAACCCCUUAACUGUUCAGCUGUAAGCUUGGAUUGAAUUACUCCUCACUUGUAUGACGUUUUGCGUCGGCCAAAUAGGUUAAUUGUUUACCUUUUCCUGGAGAGGAAAUGGUUUGGGAUAGACACUCGGCAGAACGGGAGAGAAAACUGUAAGAGAUAACACUGUUUGGGAGAAGUAGUUAACGUACACUGGUACAGGGGAAACUAGACGGUUCAGACGCUUCAGGAGAUUUAUUGAGUAUUGAAUCAUUCUGAUGUCCGUGGAAAGGCUGCAUAAUUAUCCAGGUGGUACGCUAUAGUGAGCUGCUGGGGCUCUGAUUCAGAUUGAAAGGUGUAGUAGGAUUUUGCAGAUUAUUUAUAACGCAGUGUGAGUUAAGGAGUGACUAUUUUUAAGGAUGUUACGUUCUAUAACAGCCACCAAUGUUGUGUUGUAUUUAUUGUUUCUUUACGCGUAAUGUUUUGGUACUGAAAACUUGUAUGAGAGAGAGAGCGCGUGUGUGUGUAUUUAUUACUGGUUUUAAUUUCAGUAGUGGUUACUUGAAAAGCAUGUUACAUUGUCUUGUGCUUUUUUUUUUUUUUUUUUUUCCCAAGUGAUUUGUGUAUGAAAGUAAAUGUAUAUAAAUAUGCGUAACUGGUUACUGCACUAAAAAAAAGUAAUAAAGUAUUC